UAAAAAGUUAGAUCACCACUCACUCUCUGCUUAGCACACACAAACCCCAAAUCUCUGUCUCAGGCCUCAAAAACCCUAACUUUACACUGUAGAAAUGAGACACUCAUGGAGGAUUCUUCUCUACCGAAGCUACCCUCGGUCAUCUCUCAAAUUUUCCAAUCAUUUCCAGGUACUACAGCAACACUCUCCUCCUCCACUUCGCUCUCUGUCUUCUUCUCUUCACACACUUUCGCUGCAAGACUCUCAUUUCUCUAAAACCCCACAAAAACCUAAUAUUUAUAACAAAAACCCAUUAUUUGCACGUAAUUUAUCAUCUGAACCAUCAUUAGUUGAGCCCACAAAAGACCCAGAUCUUGUUUUGCUAGUUUGUGAUGUUUUUACCAAGUUUGAAGAUUCUGAUGAUAUUAAUAAAGAAUUGGAAUUGAGUAGUGUUGUUAUUAGUCAUGACUUGGUUUUGAAAGUUUUGAAGUCAUUGGGAUCGAAACCGGGUGUGGCUAAGAGGUUUUUUGAUUGGGUUUUGAAGAAGGAUAGUGAGAGAUUGAGCUCUAAAAGUUAUAACUGGAUGUUAGGGAUUUUGGGGGUAAAUGGGUUGGUUGUGGAAUUUUGGGAAUUGGUUGAUAAAAUGAAGACAAAGGGUUAUGGUGUGUCAGGGGUUACUCGAGAUAGAGUGUUGGAGAAGUUUGAGAAUGAAGGGUUAAAGGGUGAUAUAGAGAAAUUAAAAGGGGUUUUUGCGACGGGAUCCAUUGAUAAUUCGGUGGAAAAGAUUGGGUUGAGAAUGAGUAGGAUUGUUAGGAGUAAGUUUUGGGGAGAGGAUGUUGAAGGGGAAAUUAAGGGUUUGAGUGCUGAGUUUUCUAGUGGUUUGGUGAAGAUUGUCUUGGAGCAUUUAGCGAUUGAGCCAAUGAAAGCAUUGAUAUUUUUUAGGUGGGUUGAGGAGAGUGAGUUGUGUAAGCAUGAUGGGGGGAGUUAUAAUGCCAUGGCUAGGGUUUUGGGGAGCAAGGAUUGUAUUGACAGGUUUUGGAAGGUUAUUGAUGAAAUGAGGAGUAACGGGUUUGAAAUGGAGGUGGAGACAUUUGAUACAGUGUUGGCCUGGUUUAUGAGGAGGAAAAUGAUUAAGGAGGCUGUAGACUUAUAUGAGUUUGCAAUGAAUGGUGCAAAUAAGCCCUCAUCUAAAUAUUGCACCUAUUUGUUGAGGAACAUAGUGGUUUGUAAACAGUUGGAUAUUGGUUUGUUUUCAAGAAUUGUGAAGGUCUUUACUGAAAAUGGGAAUGUGUUGACAGAUUCUAUGCUUGAUGCAGUUCUUAAAGCUCUAAGAAGUGUUGGUAGAUUUAAAGAGUGCAAUAAGAUUUUAAGAGAAAUGAUGGUUGCUGGUUUUGUAGCUAGUGGUAAUUUGCAGAGAAAGAUUGCUUUUGGGCUUACUAGUGCUGGUAAGAAUUAUGAAGCAAGUGAAUUUGUGGAUCAUAUGGAAUCAUCUGGCAGCGAUUUGGAUUACAAGGCUUGGGCAUCUUUAAUUGAAGGACAUUGUGUAUCUGGGGAUCUUGAAAAGGCAUCUGAUUGUUUCAAAACAAUGGUUGAGAAAAAGGGAGUUACUGGUGCUGGUUAUGCUGUUGAGUUGUUGGUAAAUGCAUAUUGCCUCAAGAACAGAGCAGGAGAUGCAUGCAAUCUUCUGUGUGAUUAUGUCUGUCAAAAUCAGUUACACCCUUGGCGGACUACAUACAAAGUAUUGAUAAGUAAGUUGCUAGCGCAGGGCGGAUUUAAGGACUCCUUAAAUCUGUUGGGGUUGAUGCAAAGUCAUGGAAUUCCACCUUACAUAGAUCCAUUUUUUGAGUUCGUAUCAAAGUCUGGAACUGGAGAUGAUGCCAUUGCUUUUAUGAAUGCUAUGACCACUAAGAAGUUUCCAUCUAUAUCUGUUUCUCUUCGUUUGUUUGAAGCCUUUUUCAAUGCCAAACGGCAUAGCGAAGCACAAGAUUUCCUGUCUAAAUGUCCAGUUUUCAUUCGGAAUCAUGCUGAUGUUUUGACUCUUUUCUGUUCCAUGAAGUCUAGCAAAGAUACUGCUGCUGCAACUGUAUCUGUGUAGGUUUUUGUUGGAGUGUAUGACGAAGUGUAUUCUGUGACGUCAAUGUAGAAUGGCAUUGUUUCAAAAAUCUUGGUACAAACAUUUUCUACACUGCUUGAAAACUUAUCUUAGGCGAAUGAUUACCUUUGUCAAGUAGAAAAUAAGAUUUAGUGAUUCAUGUUUCUGAAGUAUUUCUUGCCUUUUCUUAUCUUGCUGUUUUGGUUUCAUGCUUGUAUAUAGCAUGAACUGUGCUAUGCAUCUGAACUUAAAGUCAGGUAGUUUGGUUUUUAAA